GUGAGGCCAACUCCUCACAACACAAACAAUACACUUUCGUCUUUACACAAACAUCAGCGAAUCAAAAGUUUGAUAAUGAAUGCUUUCACAGCCACAUCACUUCCAAUAGUUGCGAUUAGCAUUUUGCUUAUUGCAUCCAGCGUUCAGAGCACUGAACAGCAAGACUUCAUAAACACUCACAACGCUGCACGUUCGCUGGUCGGAGUACCGAACCUUGUAUGGGACGCAGCAGUUGCGAGUUACGCACUGAACUACGCAAAUGCUAGAAAAUCCGACUGCAACCUCGUGCACUCGACCGGACCAUACGGAGAAAACCUAGCCAAGGGAAGUAGCAGCACGUUCUCGGCCAUAUCGGCCGUCAAUCUUUGGGUCGCUGAGAAACCUUACUACAACUACACUAGCAAUUCUUGCACAGGUGGUGUGGAGAGAGUCAGUGAAAUUAGGGUGCGCUAGGGUUCAGUGUACCAAUGGUUGGUGGUUCGUGACUUGUAACUAUGACACACCCGGCAAUUACAUCGGAGAGUACCCUUACUAAUCUUGACACUAAUAUGAAUUCACAUAAUAUAUUUAUGAAUAAGGAUAAUCUGAAUCUCUUUUACUUUCAGGAUGUAGUAACUUAUGAUUUUCAGAUAAAGAGGUUGUAAGGUUUACCAUCAUUCACAUCAAUCAAAUGUUAUUUUUUGUAAUUUUAAUUUUAUGUAUCAAGAAUGUUUGUUCUACUCGUAAAAUUAUUCUUGUGAAUAAAUUUACGGAGCAAAUCCUACUAGAAGAAGCAGACGCCGGUCUUCAAGCUCUUGAUUUUGGUUUCUGACUUCUGGAUCAUGGUUUCUUCCUGUUUUCAGGCCAAAAAAAAAUAUAUUUAGAUAAAUGAAAGUCUUUUCAUAUCUAAGAAUAUAGAAGAAUUUAAUCUUAAUUUCGACCACAAUUAUAUACAAAAAGGACUCCAAAACCCUGGAAGAGAAGAUCAGCUAUUAAUAUCCUUGUUGUACGUAUAUUUAUUUACACAGUGGGCGAGACUGCUGGAGAACCAAACCUGAAAUUUACGUUUUGUUUCAAUUCGUUUUAAAAAAACAAUCCAAACUAUAUCUAGUAGUUAAGUGCAUUGUAAAAGGCAGAAUAACUGAGUAAGCUUACGUUAUUUAAACCUUUUUUUUUAACACUGAAGUUCUUCAG